AUGGUCUCUCUCGCGCGGACUAUCCGCAGUAUCCGCCGUGUAGGCAUCAAGGAGUGGUGGCACCAGAUGCAGUACAUCGGCGACGCCAAGUCGGGGCGCCUCGUAGGCACGGACCAGUUCGGUAACCGCUACUUUGAGAACUUGAACCCGGAGGAGGAGAUCCCUGGGCGGCACCGCUGGGUGGACUUCGCUCAGCAUGAUUACAAUGCAACCCAAGUCCCUCCUGAGUGGCACUCGUGGAUCAGCCACAUUCGCAAGGACCCCCCUACGGAGGAUCGCGUCGUGCAGAACCUCUCCCCUCCGUGGAAGACGCCUUGGAACGAGAACCUCACCGGUACCCGCGGAGCCUUCAGAACGUACAACACCACGAAGCCCAAGUACGAGGCGUGGCAACCCAAGACGGCUGCUCGGGCGUGA